AUGACGGAAGCUGCCACGUUCCGCGAUGAUGUGCUCGAGAAGCCCGAGGUCUUCUUCACGCCCUCGGACGACGUCGCGACGACGAUUGCCCACUUUACAAAGUACCUCUUCGACCAAGGCAAGCAAUGUCCUACGACGCCCAAGACGCCAUUGGAUACGCUCUACGUCGAUGGCUUUGACGCCGACCAGAUCUGGGAGCAACUCAAGUUGCAGAACGAACCUGUGGCCAAGGAAGUCGGCCGCUACGUCAAGCGCGUCGUAAAGAACCCGAAAUCGGUCGUGCUCUUCCAUGCGGGUGCGGACGACGACGAGCAAGCCGACGCCGAUGAGGAUAUGGACAACGACGACGCCGACGGCAGCGAGAAGGACGACGGCGAGCUGUCGGUCGAAGACGAGCAGGACGACGACGACGACGAGGCCAUGCACAGCGACGACGAGGACGAUGAGGACGCUCCGAAGAAGAAGCGUGCGGCGCCGAAGAAGACGUCCAAGAAGCGCAAGCGCGUGCCGGAUGCUGAAGGUGUCGAGGACGGCUUCUUCGACUGGGACGAGAUGGAGAAGGCAGCCGAAGAGGAAGAGAACGAAGACUCUAUGGACGACGAAGGCGAGGAUCUCGAAGACGACGACGAGGACGACGAAGAUGAGGACGAAGAUGGCUUGUUUGAAGACGGCGCAGUGAACGAGAAGAAGGCAACAUACAAGGAUUUCUUUGAAGGCGACGACGAAGACGCCGAUGGCGGCAACGACGACGAUGAGGACGACGAGGAAGAUGAGGUCGAGGACGCGGGGUCCGACGAGGACGAGGACGCGCCUACCUCCAACAAGCGCAAGGCGCUCACGGAGGACGAAGAAGAAGACCUCGCGGAGCGUGGCAUUCUCUCGUCGCACCAGCGGCGGAUGGCCAACUUGCACUCGCAGAUCGAGUCGCUCGAAGAAGAGGCGCUCGGCGACAAGCCGUGGGCGCUCAAGGGCGAGGUCAAGGCCGCGGCCCGUCCCGAAAACAGUCUCCUCGAAGCCACGCUCGAGUACGACCGGCCGACGCGCGUCGCACCGACGAUCACGGUCGAGGUGACGCAGGCGCUGGAAGAGAUCAUCAAGGAGCGCAUCCGCGAAGACCAGUACGACGACGUGAUCCGCAAGUUUGCAGUCAACGAGAACGCGCAGCGCGAGGUCGCGGACCUCAGCAUGGAGAAGAGCAAGGAGGGCCUUGGCGAGAUUUACGAGAAGGAGUACAUGAAGAACGCGAUGGGCUUUGAAGACAACUCGGACAUGAAGAAGGAGCAGGAGGAGAUCGAGGCCAUGUUCCAAAAGCUCUGCUGGAAGCUCGACGCGCUCUCCAACUUUCACUUUACGCCCAAGCCUGUCGUGCGCGAGAUGGCCGUGCAGUCGACGGCGCCUGCCAUUUCCAUGGAAGAGGCGGUGCCGAUCGGUGUCAGCGAUGCCACCAUGGCCGCGCCCGAAGAAGUCUACGACAAGAAGCGCAAGCGCGACGCGGUUGUCCGGUCCCGCGAGGAAAUGUCGCAGGACGAGCGCAAGGCUGCUCGCAACGCCAAGAAGCACGCGCGCCGGAAAGAGCGGGCGCAAAAGGACGCGGACGAGCGCCUCGUGGCCAAGAUCAACCCGGGCAUGGGCAACAAGUACGAGAAGAAGAAGAUGCUCGAAGGCCUCCAGGCCAAGAACGUCACUGCGGGCAAGGAGAUCGAGGGCUCGACCCGGCAGUUCUCCAACUCGUCCGAGUUUUUCACCAAGCUCCAAGCGGACGCCAACAAGACGAUCGACCAGCACCGGGCCGAGAAGGCCGCAGCCAAGAAGGCCGACGCCAAGUCGGCGUCGUUCUACAAGCUAUAA